AUACAUAUUAUGUGUUUAGUCUUGUCUUUUGCAAAAGUUUGGUGUAAUUUCAACAAAAAUUUUAAGUUUUCUAUAUACUUUACUCUAUAAAUAUUAUUAAUAAUUAUCGUUUUGAAAUGAAUAGUAAACAUGAAAUAACGAAGAUAAACCUUUCUACUUCGCAGAAUAUCGUGAAUACUCGUGUACAUUUUCAUGAAGAGGUGGAAUCAUUAAAUAAAAAAAUUAUUAAUAACAUGUUAAAUGAAAAGUAUAGUGGUUUGAGAAGAAAUGACCGCAGUGAACAAGAUUUAGACAGCUUCAAUGAAGGAAAUCAAGGAUUACGCUCUGAUAAACGAGAACUUAGUCACAGAAUAUUUGUUAAUCGAAGUUUGCACCUUGAAAAUAUAAAAUUUUAUGGUUUUGACAUGGAUUAUACUUUAGCUGAGUAUAAAUCUCCCGAAUAUGAACAACUUGGUUUUAAUUUACUGAAAGAUCGCUUAGUAUCUCUUGGAUAUCCAAAAGAAAUUAAUGGUUUUGAAUACGAUCCCAGUUUUCCAGUCAGAGGAUUGUGGUUUGAUACUUUAUAUGGCAAUCUGUUAAAAGUAGAUGCCUAUGGUAACAUAUUAGUAUGUGUACAUGGAUUCGAAUUUCUGAAACAUUCUCAAGUGUACGAGUUAUAUCCAAAUAAAUUUUUGCAAUUAGAUGAGUCUCGAGUUUACGUUCUCAAUACUUUAUUUAAUUUACCAGAAACUUAUUUGUUAGCAUGUUUAAUAGACUUUUUUACCAACUCAAGACAAUAUACACGCGAAAAAAAUGGCGUUAAAGAAGGCGAAUUAACUAUGAGCUUUAAAAGUAUUUUUCAAGAUGUAAGAAAUGCAGUUGAUUGGAUUCAUAUGCAUGGUGAUUUAAAGACGAAAACAAUAGAAAAUCUUGAUCAUUUUAUAAAAAGAGAUGAGAGGCUACCAAUGUUUUUGAGCAGGAUACAAGCAAGUGGAGCAAAAGUAUUUUUAUUAACAAAUAGUGACUAUGUUUUCACAGACAAAAUUAUGACUUACCUUUUUGAUUUUCCACAAACUUCUAAGGCUGAGAAACAACAUCGAAAUUGGAAAAGUUAUUUUGAUACUAUUGUUGUAGAUGCUAAUAAACCGCUUUUUUUUGGAGAAGGUACUAUUUUGAGACAAGUAGAUACUAAAACUGGAGCUUUGAAAUUAGGAACUCAUAAAGGACCAUUGCACACAGAUGAAGUCUAUUCAGGAGGGUCUUGCGAUGUGUUUACCGAAAUGAUAGGAGCCAAAGGUAAAGAUGUUCUCUAUAUUGGAGAUCAUAUUUUUGGAGAUAUAUUAAAAAGUAAAAAAAUUCGUGGUUGGAGGACUUUUUUGAUUGUCCCUGAAUUGGUGCAAGAAUUACAUGUCUGGACAGAUAAAUGUCAAUUGUUUGCUGAACUUCAAAAUUUAGAUAUUAUGCUAGGGGCAAUGUAUAAGAACUUAGAUAGCAGCACAAAAGAAAAACCUGACAUUUCCAAACUUCGAGCAUCUAUACGAGAUGUAACGCAUCGAAUGGAUUUAGCAUAUGGAAUGAUGGGUUCAUUAUUUCGCAGUGGCAGCAGACAAACAUUUUUUAGUAGUCAAGUUGUGAGAUAUGCCGACUUAUAUGCAGCCACUUUUCUCAACUUAAUGUAUUAUCCUUUCUCUUACAUGUUUCGAGCACCUGCAAUGCUAAUGCCUCAUGAAAGCACUGUAGCCCAUGAACAAAGAUUCGUAAUGGAAACUCCAGCAAUUAGUCGGUCUAGAAUGAUGAAAAUGACAAACAUUCAAAAAAAUAUUGGUGUAAAUGACAGUGAUAACGAUCUGGAUUACAGUGACCACAAAAAUAUUAAAAACAAAAAUGGAGAAAAUAAAAAGCAAUUAACAUUUGUAAAAUCAGAUUUUGAACAAAUCCCACAUGCUAGACCAGAAACUCCACGAAAUGUGACACACACUCAUGACGAUGAUUGCAGUGACGAAGAUAGUGAUUGUUUAAAAAAUGCAUAGUAUUCAAACUACAGCAACGAAAUCAUGAAGAUAUAUAGUUGGAUAUAUAAUCUAAUAUAAUGAAAUAAUAUUAUGAGCAAUUUAUUUACACGGGAAAUGUUUUGUAUUAUUUAAUUAUAAUCGUUCAAUUGUUUUAUUUAUUUUAUCUUGUUUGAAACUGUGAUUGAUACCUUUCAAUUUGGUAUCUAAAUAUCUUAUGUCUUUUAUGUUUACAAAUUUACAACUUAUG